AUGGCAGUCGCCGCGCAUGCUGAGCUCAUCUCGGCAAUGACCGAAUUCUACAUACUUCUCAGGACCGCCGCGGUCCUUCCAGAAGACGUCCAUAUUUACCUCCCGCCGCACCCGCCUGGCGCCAUCAGCACAGAUGCUGCGCUUGCUGCAGGCUAUUCCGAGGAAGCCGUGGAGGUGAUUGCAGGAUUGCCGUACCUUGGCAGAAAUGAUCUGGACCUGAUGCCCAGCACACAAUUCGAGAGCUACUAUGGCGAGAACGAAGAUGUCCGGUUCUUCGAGGACAAGCGCGAAAUGGUGUCGGAUGGUUACGAGCUCAUGCCGCCUACAGCAGUGCGAUUGACGAUAAAUAAUAUCUACGGAUACGAGUUGAUUUAUGACGUAGAGUCAAAACUACUCAUCCCAUGGGAGCCAAUUGAGAAUCCAGACGACGCCCAUGCCUAUUUCCACGUGCCUGGGGUGCAGCCACGCGGGUUUCUCGACCCCUUAAUCGAGAAAUACCGCAGCCUCAACUACAUAUUGGGACCGCUCGGCAUCGACUACUACGACGAGGAACUGGACAGGUCUGGGGGCGUGCUCAAGCAGGAACCGCACUACACCGACCGCGACAGAGACAACGAGCGCCAACGCUACAAGAUCUUGAAGGCAGUACAAAAGAUGAAGGAGUUGUAUCUAGAGUGCGGCUGGGACGUGAAUGCCCGUGAGCAGACCAACUUCCGCCGGGACGAGUUGGUGCAGAAGCGCGAGCGGUACUGGCAGGAGGUGUUGGAACCAAUGUAUGAUGAAAUAAAGGGACCUGGGGCUGACUUGUGA